UUGACAAUUCCAUAGUUUUUUCUUGUCAAUCACAUGCAAGAAUAUAGUCCUGCAAUUCCGUGGGACAUGCAAAAUGAUCAAUCAGCACGAGCCCAUUCAGUCAUAAAACACUGUACAUUUGUUGUCGCGUCCUGCUUUACUCAUUCCAUGCCUUAUGCAGCGCAGUGAAGCUGUACAAUGCUGUCAGUGUAAUAUCCCAUCUCAUCUCUUCUCAUCUUGGCUUCUAACAAAACGUGUACAAUUAGGUCAGAUUAUCUGAAUAAAGCUCAGUUUUUGUUCAAAUCUUUUUGGUAGUCAGUGUUGUUUCAGUUUCCAAUGGCCCGCCGAACUGAUGGGCAGGAGAAGAAAAAGAGAUUUGAUGGUGCUGGGAAGAAGGUGGAGUUUGCUCCCAAGGGAUGCUUGGUUGUCUAUGUGGGAGAAGAGCAGGAGAGAUUUUGUAUUCCUGUGGAUUAUCUGUGCCAUCCUGUGUUUCAUGAGCUCUUGCAGGGUGCAGAGGAAGCUUAUGGCUUCUGUCACCCUGGUCCUCUCAGGAUUCCCUGCCAUGUUGAUCGUUUCAAGCAGCUCACCAGAUGCAUUCCUGAUAAACAAAUGCUUUGUACUUGUGAUGAAUCUGUUGAAUCAAGAAAUGGGUUUUUCAGAAGGGUGAGACUUUUGUGGCUUAGAUAUGUCAGUAAACAUGGUAGAUGUGGUUUCAGUCCGUUGUACAGACAGGAGAGAUUGAAGGGACGUUCAUAGAGAUUGGAGAAAGUAUAGGCGGUUCAUUACAUUAGUUUUUCAGUAGGAUUUAUGUAUUAGUGUGAUUUGAAUGAGCCAUCUAAACAAGUUAAAACUUAAAGUGUACUGUUUAAACUAAAAUAGAGAUUGGUGGUCAAAUAGAUAUGAUGAAUUGUGUACAAUGAAGAUUAACAAAUGAAUUUAGAUUGUUCUUUAAAUUUA